CGGAUCCUCCUUGCAGUCCGCUCCUGGGCAGAGAGAGCACCUCCUCCGCCUCGACUUCGGCACCAUGUCGGAACGGCAAGUGCCCUUCACCUUCCUCCGCACCCCCAGUUGGGACCCUUUCCGGGACUGGUACCGAGGCAGCCGCCUCUUCGACCAGUCCUUUGGGAUGCCCAUGAUCCCCGAGGAUUGGUACAAAUGGCCGGCCGGGAGCAGCAGUUGGCCCGGUUACGUCCGACCUCUGCUCAGCGCGAGUCCCGAGCCGGUGGCGGUCAGUCCUGCCGUCACUGUCCCUCCAACGGUCAACCCGGCCUUCAACCGGGCCCUCAGCCGGCAACUCAGCAGCGGCAUCUCCGAAAUCCGGCAGACCUCCGACGGUUGGAAAGUGGCCUUGGACGUCAACCAUUUUGCCCCCGAGGAGCUGGUGGUCAAGACCAAAGACGGCGUGGUGGAGAUCACUGGCAAACAUGAAGAAAGGCAAGACGAACAUGGCUUCAUUUCCAGGUGUUUCACCAGAAAAUACACGUUGCCCCCUGGCAUCGACCCGGCCGCCGUCCGUUCGUCCCUUUCCCCAGACGGCACAUUAACGGUGGAAGCCCCUUUGCCCAAACCGGCCAUCCAGUCCGCCGAAAUCAAGAUCCCCGUCAAAUUCGAGGCCCAUGCCCAGAUCACGCCAUCCGACGCCAAGAAGCCGGAGGAAGGAGCCAAGAAGUAACCCAAUCCGUGCCACGCAAAACAAGGGCAUUUCAAAAUACCACGUGUCUUCCUUCUUCUUCCUCUUAUUUUUUUUGUAAGGAUAUCUGUGCAUUGACUUUGACAAUAAAUUUUAAAAACCUGUA